CACGGCCAUGGCAUGGCGUGGGCUGACCCCGCGCUGUCAUCGUCGGCGUCGUUAGAUACCUAGAUACUAGCUGGUUGCGCUUCAGGCUUCCACCGCCCUUGACUCGUCAGCGAUACGAGAAGCUCACUAUGCAUCUGCUCCACCUCACUCAUCUACACCGCUUCCAACUUCUAACCAUUCAUCUUUGGUGCAAGACUGUGUUUACUAGUUUGUUCCUGAUGCACGUCUUGUCGAUUGACACAUCCUUGAGGGCAUCCAGUACAUCUGGCCAGCCCCUUGUCAUGAUCAUGGAACGAGCUUCUAAGAAAAUUCAUUGCUUGAGCGCCAAGGAUUGUUGGAAACCAAAUAAGUGUCGAAUAAUGGCAAUAGUGCCUAAUGAUUCCGAAAUAGUAGCCCGCGUUUUGCAAAACGCGUGGCUAGGGGAUAAAGCAUAAAGUAAUACUGCGGAAACGGACUUCUCUUCCCAAGAGAAGCGCUCCUUGGGGUAUAAUACAGCGAAGAGACAAAAAUAAAUAUUCGGCUUCUCCAAGCAGGA